AUGAUCGACCACCUUUUGUUUUAUGUAAAUGGAAAAGAAAUUCUGGAGCGUAACGUUGAGCCUGAAUGGACUCUACUUUGGUAUUUAAGAAAUAAAUUAAGAUUAACUGGUUCGAAAUUAGGUUGUGGUGAAGGUGGUUGUGGAGCUUGUACAGUUUUAGUUUCACGAUCCAUUGAUCGUGAUUCUGGUGAAAUUGAACAUCGAACAAUAAAUGCUUGUCUAGCACCUCUAUGUUCUGUUGAUGGAUGUCAUGUUAUUACUGUCGAAGGAUUAGGUUCAACAAACAAAUCAAACCUACAUUCUACUCAAAUUCGUCUUGCAGAAUUAUUUGCUACACAAUGUGGUUUUUGUACACCAGGCAUAGUUAUGUCUUUAUAUGGAACAGUUACAUCAAAAGAUAAUUCAUUACCGACAAUGGAAGAUAUUGAAGAAAGUUUUGAUGGAAAUCUUUGUCGAUGUACGGGAUAUCGUCCAAUUCUUGAUGCUGCAAAAACAUUUGCAUGUGAUAUUAAUAAACUUGAUUAUCAAAAAUCUUCAUUACCAAGAACAUCAACUACAUAUGAUAAAUGUUAUUCGUAUGUUCAUCAAAAUACAUUACCAAUCGAUCAAGUUCAAUUUCCAGAUAAACUUCGAGAUUAUAUUCCUCAAUCAAUUCAUAUUAAAGAUAUCAAUUUUCAGGAUGUUGGUAAAUCACUCAAUCCUCAAAUUGAUAUUGGUCAAAUUGAAGGUGGUUUUAUGCAAGGAAUCGGUUUGUUUACUAUGGAAGAACUUAUUUGGGGUGAUGAAAAAUUAAAUAAAUGGAUUCCACUAGGACAGUUAUACACUUGUGGAGUUGAUACUUAUAAAAUUCCAUCAUUUAGUGAUGUUCCACUGGACUUUCGUGUUUCAUUAUUAUCUGAUUCAUCAAAUCCACGAGCUAUCUAUUCAUCAAAAGGUAUCGGUGAACCACCAAUUUUACUUGCUACUUCGGCUUUUUUUGCUUUAAAACAAGCAUGUCAGGCUUAUCGGAAACAACAAGGUUUGUCAGACUACUUCACACUUCAUUCACCAGCAACUGUUGAACGCCUUCGAAUGGUUUGUGCCGAUGAAUUUACUCGUCGUGUCUGUCCUGACGAAUAUGAAACAUUUCAGCCUAAAGGCUCAUAUUGA